CCGGUGCCGCUGAGGGGGAGCCGGCGCCGUUACCGAGCGGGCAUGGCCCAGCUGGGCGCCAUCGCGGCGCUGUCCCUCAGCUUCCUCGCCGCCGCCUUCCUCUCGGCCAUCCACAAGAUCGAGGAGGGGCACAUCGGUGUCUAUUAUCGCGGAGGAGCGCUGCUGACCUCCACCAGCGGGCCCGGUUUCCACCUCAUGCUGCCCUUCAUCACGUCCUACAAGUCAGUGCAGACCACGCUGCAGACGGAUGAGGUGAAAAACGUUCCUUGUGGCACCAGUGGAGGGGUGAUGAUUUACUUCGACAGAAUCGAGGUGGUGAACUUCCUCAUCCAGAGCGCAGUGUACGACAUAGUGAAGAACUACACCGCUGACUAUGACAAAGCUCUCAUCUUCAACAAGAUUCACCAUGAGCUGAACCAGUUCUGCAGUGUCCACACCCUGCAGGAGGUCUACAUCGAGCUGUUUGAUCAGAUUGAUGAAAACCUUAAACUGGCCUUGCAGCAAGACCUAACUACAAUGGCCCCUGGAUUAAUUAUACAGGCAGUUCGAGUUACAAAGCCAAACAUCCCUGAAACAAUCCGGAGGAAUUACGAGCUCAUGGAGAGUGAGAAGACAAAGCUGCUGAUUGCAGCCCAGAAGCAGAAGGUGGUGGAGAAGGAAGCAGAGACAGAAAGGAAGAAAGCUCUCAUCGAGGCAGAAAAGAUUGCACAAGUUGCUGAAAUAACUUAUGGACAGAAAGUGAUGGAAAAGGAAACAGAGAAGCGGAUUUCAGAGAUCGAAGAUGCUGCAUUUCUUGCAAGAGAGAAGGCGAGAGCUGAUGCUGAAUGCUACACUGCUAUGAAAGUAGCUGAGGCUAACAAGCUGAAGUUAACUCCUGAGUACUUGCAGCUGAUGAAAUACAAGGCGAUUGCAGCGAACAGCAAGAUAUAUUUUGGCAAGGAUAUUCCCAACAUGUUCAUGGACUAUGCGGGAAGCCAGACCAAAUUUGCAGAGGGACUGGCAGAAGGAAUCCAAGAAGAAGAUGGGGUAGGAACCAAUGAGGACUCAAAGCUACUUCAUAACGUCAACUGAAAGAUUUCUAUUCCUUUUAUAUCAAAAGAAACAUGAACUGGGAAGUUCUUUUUGGUUUUCCCCCUUUCCUGUUCUGAAAGAGACGAAUCAGACUUAAUCCAUUCAACCUUUUGUAUGACAAUUAGACUUUGGUAUUUAUGGGGUGGUUUGCCUGGUAACUUCUAUGCAGCCAGCUCCAGGUAUGUCCUUUAGAUGCACCACUCCCUGCUCUUGGACAUACAGACCAAAUUCCUCUGGAGAGGCCAGCUUAGAUGGGUACUUCUUUUUGGAUUGAGGUGGCUCAUAGCAGUAGGAAGUCAAGAAAUGGUGAGGUUUUGGAGGGAGGGGAAUUGCUGCUACAACUUGUUUUGGUUGGAAAUUUCAAGUACUUUAUGGAAACCCCUUUAACAAAAAGGUGCUAGACUUUUAUACACUAGACACAGCUGCUUGAAGACCUUGUCUAAAGGGCAGUUUGCCCCCAUUGCAUGGGGUGCUGGGAUGGUCUUAACAGCCUGUGUCCAUGCUCCAGGUCUGCCCAGAGUGCAGGGUGUAGCAAAUGCAUAAACCCAUCUUUUAGUGAGGUCUGAGCUGACCUGGUUUGCUUGCUAGGGCAGCUGAGACCACAGUGAAUUAAAGAAAUCCAGCUGAAAUCCUGCAGGUUCCCUGGUUUCCAUGGGGGGAUCUAAGCCUUACACCACUGCCACUACAGGUAGUGACCCAAACUGUUCCUUUUGUGCAUCUUAACACUGCUUUGGUUUCCAUUUGUCAUAGUUGGGGAGGACAAAAGGGGGGAGUCAGUAGUUUGAGGCUUUCCCCAGCUGCUUGGUGAGGGGCACAGGCGUGCUGCUGGAGAACUGGAGUUGAUUGUCAGUGGCACCAGGCUGCAAGCACGGUACUUGUCCCAUUGUCCUGGUUAGGAAAACAGGGAGAAAAGCAUUUUUGUCUCAGGGACCCUGACUUUGUCAAAAGCCUUGUUGCUGGCAAGUAACUGCUUGAGUGACCCACGUUACCUGCCUCUGCAAGAGCAACUGGAUUUCAGUGUUUACAGUUUCUUACUAGAGAAGGCAUUCAGGUAAACUGAAAGGAAUGGAACUGAGUUUGUUGUGUCUGGGGGGUUGUUCUCUGAAUAGACCUCGUGAAAAGAAGUUUUAUGGUAGCAAAGGACACAAACCAUCAAAGUGAGAAGUGACAGGGCAAAAAGCAGAACCUCUUGUCUCUGAACUGUCCUAAAAUACGUUGAAUGUUCCUUUUGUACUCAGAACAAUGCCAUAUAACGUACCUUUCACUUCCAAAAGCCAAUGAAUUCUUCACAUACCAGAUGCACAGAGGUAUUAGGGUUGUGUUUGACACACAUGCAAAGCUUGAGAGGGUGUUGAAGACAAAAGUUCAGACCUAGAGAGAACAUUCCUGUUUUUUUUCUGUCCCUAAUCCAUCUGCCACUUGGCAGCAGAGUCUGUUUAUUAGUUGCCAUUAUCAUUUGUGGCCAACAUACUAAUAUGAGCUGAUACAAGUAUAAGUGCUAACUUAGUUGUCAGAGAGCCAGCCUGUUGCAUUUGCAAUCUUUGUGCCCCCAGCACUUGCUACCCACUACAUUUGGUUUCAUUCUUCAGUGACUGAAACAUGCAUUAGUCCUUUGAAUAAGGUGAUCACACUAAGAUAGAACUCUGAGGGAUUUCAGCUGCUGGUACCAGUAUUCUUACUUCAGUUUUCUUUCCCCUGGUAGGAAGGAGAGUGACAAUGCACAAUAAAGGGUAAGCAUCAGUUUCUGCUCUAGGAAAGUCCCAUCUCCUAUUGUGUCAGCUUUAUUUGUUAGGAAAUACAAGCAAAGGGAAGUUCCAUCCCCACACCUACGACAUUAGCACAGCAGUCAAAAUGGCAUCAGUAGGUAGGCUGUAAAACUGCCUUUUGUAGGGUUAUGAACAGGGAAUAGCAGAUGAAGUAAUAGUAUCUAAAUCUUUGAGGAUGAUCUCAUUUGGGAUUGUUCUACAUUUAAGUUAGAGAUUUCCAUUAGUAACUGAAAACUACAUUUGACAUGAGUGGGUUUUGCUAAUGAAAAGCCCAAAAUAAGCCAAAGUGGUAUUAAAAAGGGUGGUUUUUUUGUAUGACUUCACAGCAAGACAAUAGUUUGGAAAAAAUAGGUCUUAACGCUUUUUUUUUCUUGUUUUAAUUGAAAACAUUACUGUUGAAUUAUUCUUGUCACUUCAGCUGUCACAAGAGUCAAAAGGCAAAAAGCAAGGUUGAAACCAGGCUUCACAAGCCAGAAUCUACUGUUGCAUCCAGGUUUCUUCCUUGUAUGUCUGAUCUCCUGUAUUUCCCAGCCCUGUCACUACAUCGUGAUUCCAUCUCUCUCUUUAACUGACGUUUUGGCCUCUUUCCAUCAUCUGAAAUCUUGGAAGAUCCGAGUUUUAAAACCACUCUAACAAAGCAAAGCCAGGUUUGUGGCACUGCGGUGAUACCCCAGCAUUGCUGGCAGGAGCAUGGGAAUGCUUUCCCAGCGCUGUCUUUGAUCUACUUAUGUAUUAAAAGCCUUUUUAUUUUGGUAUUUGCUAUGACAAUAAAAUGGCCUUCAAUUUUAA